AUGGAUCGCAACAAUGACAACCACCAAGAAGAAGAAGAUUAUCAUCGAGGACGCAAUUUGAGACGGAGACGAAAGAUGAGUGCCUUCAAGCAAGCAAGAAGUCAUCAUGAGUCACACUAUGACGAUGAUGUAAAAAGUGAUGUUCAUCAUGAUGAUUGGUACUAUGAUGACCCAGAUUGCUAUGGUGUUGGUGUUGCAACCCGCUUCCCAACUUUUGUCCCUGCACCCACACCAACAACAGCCCAGCCAUCUUGUGACACCACAUCCAAUCCAGAAACAUCUGCACCAACUGCCGUUUCGGCGUCUGGUGCGCCGUCGGUAGCUCCCGAUAUCAACUUUCGAGAUGGCUUUCCUUGUGACGAUCCGCCGUUUACGCUCAAUCGAUCGCCUACAAAUGACCCAUUCCCUCUAUAUAUACCCACCACAGAAAAUCCCGACCUGUGCUUUCUCCGCAUGUCCGAGGAUGUUGGUUCGGGUGAUUUGGAUCAGCCAGGAUUUUCCAGCACUGCCUUUCUGGAUUUGACCUUUGAUGCUGACAAUCCCAACCGCGUCUUCUCCAUGAAUAUUGGAUACCGUGUGUAUGGCGCCGAUGAAGGUUCUGCUGAUGGCAUGGCUUUUGUGAUUCAUCAAGACAGCAGAGGAAAAUCGGCCCUUGGAGCCGGUGGUGGUAGCAUGGGUAUCUAUGCAGAGGAUGGGACGGGCAUUCAACCCGCUUUGGUCAUUGAAUGGGACACGGCUGAAAAUUCCGAGCUUCUUGACAUUGGGGAAAACAACAUCCAUGCAAUUGUGGUGGAUGGUUCCGGAACGCUAACAGAACUGGCGCAAACGUUGAAUAUUCCCAUCCGAACCGAUGAUGCAGGGGCUACAUCAGGGCGUAUGUGGGUGGACUAUUGCGAUGGUCAGACUCUUCAAGUCUAUCUCAACAAUGCUGGUGAUGUCAAACCUGCUGCUCCCAGUCUUGAGGCUCCUUUUGAUAUGAACAGUAUCUUUUCGGGUCAGAACUUUGUCACCGGAUACGGCGUUGCAACAGGACUGGAAGCUGACUUUCACGACAUUACGUCUUGGGAGCUCGUUGAAUCUUGUGCAAGAUGA